GAAUCGGCGGCACAAAAUGGCGGCGGCGGCGGCCGGGACUUCGGGGUUGACGGCCCCUACGGCAGCGGCCGGAGCUUCGGGCUCGGGGGGAGCCGCGCCGGGGUCGCAGGGGGUGCUGAUCGGAGACAGGCUAUACUCAGGCGUGCUCAUCACCUUGGAGAACUGCCUGCUGCCCGACGACAAGCUCCGCUUCACGCCGUCCAUGUCGAGCGGUCUCGACACCGACACGGAGACCGGCCUCCGCGUGGUGGGCUGCGAGCUCAUCCAGGCGGCCGGCAUCCUGCUCCGCUUGCCACAGGUGGCCAUGGCUACUGGGCAGGUGUUGUUCCAGCGGUUCUUUUACACCAAGUCCUUCGUGAAACAUUCCAUGGAGCAUGUGUCCAUGGCGUGUGUUCACCUGGCCUCCAAAAUAGAAGAGGCACCAAGACGAAUCCGGGAUGUUAUCAAUGUGUUCCAUCGCCUUCGACAUCUGAGAGAGAAAAAGAAACCUGUGCCUCUAGUACUGGAUCAAGAGUAUGUUAACUUAAAGAACCAGAUCAUAAAGGCAGAGAGACGGGUUCUCAAGGAACUGGGCUUCUGUGUCCAUGUGAAGCAUCCUCACAAGAUAAUCGUUAUGUACCUUCAGGUGUUAGAGUGUGAGCGUAAUCAACACCUGGUCCAGACUGCAUGGGUAGCCUCUGAGGGUAAGUGACUAAGACUUCUCCUCUGCUGUCCAAGCGCUUUGGUGCAGGGACAGCGGCCGUCUUCAGCCAAUCCAGUGCAGGCUCUCCACCGAAGGCUGGCUCUAGACUGGUGGAACUACAUGAAUGACAGCCUUCGCACAGAUGUUUUCGUGAGGUUCCAGCCUGAGAGCAUUGCUUGUGCCUGCAUCUACCUCGCUGCACGGACACUGGAGAUCCCUUUACCUAAUCGGCCACAUUGGUUUCUUUUGUUUGGAGCAACUGAAGAAGAAAUUCAAGAAAUUUGCUUAAAAAUACUGCAGCUUUAUACACGGAAAAAGGUUGAUUUGACGCACCUAGAAAGUGAGGUAGAAAAGAGAAAGCAUGCCAUCGAAGAGGCCAAGGCCCGAGCUAGGGGCCUGCUGCCAGGAGGUGCUCCAGUUGUGGACAGUACUGCAGGGUUCUCACCUGCUCCCAAGUUGGUAGAAUCCCCCAAAGAAGGUAAAGGAAGCAAGUCUUCCCCACUCUCUGUGAAGAAUGCCAAGAGGAAAAUGGAGGGCCAAAAGAAAGCCAAGGCCGACAGCCCUGUGAAUGGCUUGCCGAAAGGGCAUGAGAGUCGAAGCCAAAGCAGGAGCCGUGAACAGAGCUACUCAAGGUCCCCAUCACGGUCUGCUUCUCCUAAGAGAAGAAAAAGCGACAGUGGCUCUACCUCGGGUGGGUCCAAGUCACAGAGUCGUUCUCGGAGCCGCAGUGACUCUCCUCCAAGGCAGGUACACCGAGGUGCUCCCUACAAAGGCUCAGAGGUGAGGGGUUCCCGGAAAUCUAAGGACUGCAAAUACCUCACUCAGAAGCCACACAAGUCUCGUAGUCGGAGCUCCUCUCGUUCUCGAAGCCGGUCACGAGAACGGACAGAUAAUUCUGGAAAAUACAAGAAGAAAAGUCAUUAUUAUAGAGAUCAGCGACGGGAGCGCUCAAGGUCAUAUGAGCGCACAGGCCAUCGCUAUGAGCGGGACCACCCUGGACACAGCAGGCAUCGGAGGUGAGAUGGGUUCCCUGGAGGCUUCCCUUGGACCUUCCCUGUCAAGCUGGUUUGAAUGGCCCUGUAGCACGAUUCUAUUUGGAAAUGUGUUUUGACCGGACCUUGAGGUGAAUUUGAAAAUGGAACUGAGGGGACUGUGAGCAAAGUGCCCUUCAGGCUGGCCUGGGGAGUGCUGCACAUCUGUACCAGUUGAAGGUGUACCUCAACUGCAGACCUGCAGAUAGCUGGAUGGAACAGCAAAGGCACACAUCCCCAUUGGUGUGGCUUGGUGCUAUCGACAAGCUGUCUCUUCAUUCCCAAACUAAUACUCAAUUACGUCAAGCCAAGAAGGAUGAUUUUUAGAAUCUUUGCCUAUAUUAGGUUGUACUUCUGUACAUAUUUUGCAGUGUUUCACGAUGAGAAAAUGGCCUUAAUAGCCCCUUAUUCUCGAUCCACGUUAUAAAUAAACAUGUGUUUAAUACAAGUGAAAGCUAUAUAUGAAAACUCAGAACUUGAAUUCAUCAGCUUAACACUUGUAUAGAGAAUUCUGAUUUUUAAAAUGUGAAGGUAUUUAGGUCUGUGUUGAAAGUCAUAUAUUUUUAUCUGUGCAAUGCUGAGUGCAGGCCACCAGCUCCUAGAGAAAUUUUAUGUGGUUGAAUAAACAAAUUCUCAGGACAUUUGGGAUGUAAAAAACUGGGCUGUCAUUCUGCUUGUUUUGUUUUCUUGUGUGAAUGCCUGGGGCAUAGCUGUGGGGCCUGGGCCUCGUGUGGAUGUUUGUGUAUAGCUGUGCAGAGACAGCCUAGCUGUUCUAGGGGUUAGUCUGAGCUGCAGUCCCUGUUCCCUAUUGUCAUUAAAGUAUUGAAUUUUGUACUGAG